GGCUCCUCCACUUGGCUCACCAUUGCCCUUGCGCCAUGUUCCAUGCACCAUAGCCACUGAAGCGGAAUUGACAACGAACAAACCCGAAAGGAGGGACUGGACAUGAUUUUCAAGAACCACGAAUCCGACAGCUCUCGAUUUGAUUUCCCGCUCUAAUAAUUGAUCCUUAAUUGUUCUCACGUCAUAUGCUAUAUCGGUCAACAUGUCGUCUAUGCGAGGUUUGGUUCAGUUCAUCGCCGACUUGCGAAAUGCAAGAGCGCGCGAACUCGAAGAGAAGCGGGUGAAUAAGGAAUUGGCCAACAUUCGGCAGAAAUUCAAGGGUGGCAGUUUAAAUGGUUAUCAGAAGAAGAAAUACGUUUGCAAGUUGCUCUACGUCUACAUUCAAGGAUACGAUGUCGACUUCGGUCACCUCGAGGCCGUGAACCUGAUUUCCUCCAACAAAUACUCCGAGAAGCAGAUCGGUUACCUGGCGGUCACUCUCUUUUUACACGAGCAGCAUGAACUGCUCCACCUGGUUGUCAACAGUAUACGGAAGGAUCUGUUAGAUCACAAUGAGUUGAAUAACUGUCUAGCCUUGCACGCGGUUGCGAACGUCGGCGGAAGAGAAAUGGGCGAGGCGCUUUCGACAGAUGUCCAUCGGCUCCUGAUUAGCCCUACCUCCAAGGCCUUUGUCAAGAAGAAGGCUGCGCUGACCCUCCUUCGACUGUAUCGCAAGUUCCCCGACAUUGUACAGAACGCUUGGGCGGAACGGAUAAUCUCCUUGAUGGAUGACCCCGAUAUGGGUGUCACGCUUUCGGUCACCUCGCUUGUAAUGGCAUUGGCCCAGGAUAAACCCGAUGAGUACAAAGGUUGCUACGUCAAGGCCGCACAUCGCCUGAAAAGGAUAGUGGUAGAUAACGACAUUGCCUCCGACUACCUUUACUACCGCGUGCCAUGUCCUUGGAUUCAGGUCAAGCUGUUGCGGUUGCUGCAGUACUAUCCUCCAGCAGAGGAUAGCCAUGUUCGCGAGAUUAUCCGUGAGUCUCUACAGCAAAUCAUGAACUUGGCCAUGGAUGCACCGAAGAAUGUCCAGCAGAACAAUGCCCAGAAUGCCGUUCUUUUCGAGGCGAUCAAUCUCCUCAUCCAUCUCGAUACCGAGCACAGCCUUAUGAUGCAAAUAUCUACACGUCUUGGAAAGUACAUCCAGUCGCGAGAAACAAAUGUUCGGUACUUGGGGUUGGAAGCCAUGACGCAUUUCGCGGCUCGGGCCGAGACUCUAGAUCCUAUCAAGAAGCACCAGAAUAUCAUUCUCGGAUCGCUCCGGGACCGUGAUAUCAGUGUUCGGCGCAAAGGUCUGGAUUUGGUUUAUAGUAUGUGCGACACCACAAACGCCGGUCCGAUUGUGAACGAGCUACUGCGCUACCUUCAGACGGCCGACUACGCCAUCCGCGAGGAGAUGGUGCUGAAGGUUGCUAUUCUCACCGAGAAAUAUGCCACCGACGCGCAGUGGUACAUUGACAUGACCCUUAAGCUUCUGUCGCUGGCUGGAGAUCAUGUCAACGACGAAGUGUGGCAACGAGUAAUCCAGAUCGUGACCAACAACGAAGAGCUGCAGGCUUAUGCAGCACACAACUUGCUUGGAUAUCUGAAGACCGAUUGUCAUGAGAGCUUGGUGAAGAUUGGAUGCUAUGUUCUAGGUGAAUUUGGCCAUCUGAUCGCCGACAAUCAAGGCUCAAGUCCCAUUGAGCAGUUCUUGGCGCUGCAAGCAAAGAUGAUCACCAGCACUGACACGACACGAGCGAUGAUUCUGUCCUCCUUUGUCAAAUUUGUCAACCUCUUCCCCGAGAUCAAACCUCAACUUCUGCACAUAUUCCGUUUGUAUAGCCACUCCCCCGAUUCUGAAUUGCAGCAGCGUGCUUUUGAAUACCUGUCGCUGGCGACGCUUCCCACCGAUGACCUUCUGCGAACGGUGUGCGACGAGAUGCCACCCUUCUCGGAACGCGCCUCGAUUCUGCUCUCUCGGCUGCACCAGAAGACGGCCGGCACGACAGAGAAGAAGACGUGGGUGGUGGGCGGCAAGGAUGCCAACGCCGACAAACAAGAGGUGCUCAUGGCGCAGAACACGGGACUGAAGCGCAGCUUCACCACAAUCGUCAAUGGCCACAAGACCGGGGCCAAUGGCACGACAGCCACGUCGGGGGCAUCGGGCGACCUAGCAGGACUGGAUCUCAGCGCCCCAUCAGGCCCGCCGCCGAACAUGGCCAGUGCGGCUCAUCUCACGCCGGACUGGGAUAUCGGGUACAACCGACUCUACUUUGGCGACGAAGGUGUGCUGUUCGAGGAUGCGCAAAUUCAAGUUGGGCUGCGCUCCGAGUACCGGGGGCAUAUGGGUGUGGUGAAGAUCUACAUCUCUAAUAAAUCGUCCUACUCUAUCGGGUCCCUUACGACGACGGUGGAUAACCCGGCUGCACCGAACCUAAAGAUUGACACGAAGAGUCUUCCCGAUCCAUCGGUGCCUGCCGUGGGUCAGACGCAGCAGACGUUCUUGGUUGAGGGGCGCGGGCCUUUCACGGAAGCGCCGACGAUCCGCAUUUCAUAUCUUGCGGGAGCGCUCCAGGCAUACACGUUACAGCUGCCCAUUCUCAUGCACCGAUACAUGGAGCCAUCGGCGUUGUCGGCAGAAGAUUUCUUCAAGCGCUGGCGGCAAAUUGGUGGGGGCCCGCUGGAGGCACAGAAAACAUUUGGCGUUACGGCGCGACACAAGGAAAUUGGCGAGUCGUUUACACGACGGGUGGUGGAAGGCUUUGGGUGGAAGAUCCUGGACAACGUGGAUCCGAAUCCGAAGAACAUCGUGGGCUGUGCAGUGUACCAGUUUGCUGAGGGCAAGACGGGCUGUCUCCUGCGACUGGAGCCCAACUAUGAGAGAUCGAUGUACCGAAUCACGAUCCGCGCGACACAGGAAUCGGUGCCGCAGGCAUUGGCCAAGCAGAUGGAGCAGAAGCUGUCACAGGGAGAGCGAGGAGACAGUGGGCGAUGAUGCUCGGGGUGUGUCAUGCUGCAUGUUUGAUUCUUCGUACUCCGCCAGGUGGCAGAUGGCGGGGGGUGUAUUUAUUACUGAUAUCGCACAUAUAUACCUGGGACAUGCGGGACGCUUGUUCUUUCCUUUCAUCUUAAUGUACAGGCAGCAGUCGAAGUUUACUGUCUUGGUUUCCCUUCCU